CCGUCGGUCGAGAUUCCCCGCGGAGUUAGUAUACAAAAAUCGAGUAGUACGCCCAAUACCGUAGCGAAGAUUGUGCGUUUGUGUGUGCGCGAGGAGCUCGUUCGCCGGUUUAAAACAACUCUACACGGUUCGCCAUUAAAAAUUUUACUCAAAUACACGAUCUCAACAGCGCACGAUUCAUCGUAUCCAAAAGACAUUUUACCGGAGGAGCGUUUUCUAAAUUUACCACUUAGAACCAUAGAAGAGAGGAUCGAGACUGUACUCUGUUUAAAGAUGUCAAACCGGUGGUGGUGUUGUUGUGCCAUUUCCUAACGUUUUAGACUAUAUCACCAAGAAGACUGGAAAAGGGGGAUUGCCCACUGUUAGAAUUAGAAGUGAAGAAGUAGGAAAAGAAUAAUAAAAAGAAGAUAGCUAUGCACCGUUCUUAUGGCGGUGGUACAGUGGGCCCAAGUCCAAUGCCAAGUCUUAGACCAACAACAACAGGUCGUGUCUACGAUGGGAAAAUUGCCGGUCUGUAUGACUUGGAAGAAACUCUGGGUCGAGGCCAUUUCGCCGUCGUUAAACUGGCGAAACACGUCUUUACCGGGGAAAAAGUGGCCGUCAAAGUGAUUGAUAAAAGUAAAUUGGACGAUGUUUCGAAAGCCCAUCUUUUCCAAGAAGUCAGGUGCAUGAAACUCGUUCAACACCCGAACGUCGUCCGUCUUUACGAAGUGAUUGACACCGCUACGAAACUGUACCUGAUUUUAGAACUCGGUGAUGGAGGCGAUUUGUACGAUUAUAUUAUGCGGCACGAAGCUGGUCUUUCUGAACAAGUUGCCAGAGAAUAUUUUAGGCAAAUUGUCAGGGCGAUAACUUAUUGCCACCAGUUGCACGUAGUACACAGGGAUUUAAAACCGGAGAACGUGGUGUUUUUUGAAAAACAGGGUGUUGUCAAGUUGACGGAUUUUGGGUUUAGUAAUAAGUUUUGCCCCGGACAAAAAUUGGAAACUUCGUGCGGAAGCUUAGCGUAUUCUGCACCGGAAAUUUUACUUGGAGAUUCAUAUGACGCCCCCGCAGUAGAUGUAUGGUCUCUUGGUGUAAUUCUAUAUAUGUUAGUCUGCGGUCAAGCACCAUUCCAAGAAGCGAACGAUUCCGAAACAUUAACUAUGAUCAUGGACUGCAAAUACACCGUUCCUCAACAUGUCUCGAAAGAAUGCAAAGACUUAAUAGCAAAAAUGUUAGUAAGAGCCCCUGAAAAGCGGGCCACCUUAAAAGAAAUAUCUUGCCAUCCAUGGCUUGCCGUCGCCAAUAAACAUGACAAUCACAAUUACGACACGAUGCCUUUGGUAUCAAGAGAACAGUUAAGCGAAGAAGAUCAUAAUCUUAUAGUGCAGAAAAUUGUUAAUGGGAAUAUAGCGACGAAAGAAGAAAUUCAAGAUUGUUUAGAUAAAAAUGAAUAUAACCACAUAACCGCUACAUAUUAUUUAUUGGCUGAGCGGAAGUUGCGUGCGAAAAGACAAGAAACGGCGGCUAAAGGAAAACGUCCUGAAAAUUUAUCUGUUCCCCAAAGUAUUCCAAUUCCUAAUAGGGAUAAUAAUAAUUCCACUGGUAUUCCUUGCUUACUUGCCGUACCUAGAACACCUGGCGAUUUACCACAGAGAUCCCGAAAAUGUAGUAUCGUACAAGAAGAUGAAGAAGAAGAGGAUAUAUCCAGUUGUUCCGGCCGUGAAGAAUUAAAUUCAGCGCAUUGCUCUCUAAAUCGACGAGGAUCCCGAUCGGAAGGUAGACUAAAUCUUGCCCUUCAAGAACGUUUAGCUGUCGAAACGGAUCGACGUAAAGCAGACGAAUCGAAACAAACAAAACCCAUUUCACCUAUUCCAAUAAAGUGUUUACAAAACAGUCGACCGAAAACAGCUCAAGAAGUUUUUCGAGCUUUAAAUAACAAUCACCAUAAAACCAAACACGCACAUUCAACAAACAUUCAUAAAGAACCAACCACGAAAAUUAUAACGGAAUCUUCAACUAUAACAAUUCCUAUUAUUACACAUAGUCCAGCUGUUUGUACUACACCAAAAUAUAAAACGAUGCCUUCUCCGACAAGAGGAAAUUCAGGAGGUGCUUUAAAUGAAAUUUUUGAAGAAGGUGACUCAGAAUCGUUAACAUCGCGUACUGGAAGACAUUUGGUGAGCAGAAAUCAUCAGCAUAGAACUUCGUACGAACAGAGAAGGUCGAAAUUUCAUAAGAAUAGGACAGCUUCUUGUAGUUCAUCCGAUGCCAGCGAUGAUGAUAGCGAAAAUAGAAAGAAAAGGGCUCAUAAAUUGAAUACAACACCGCCAAGUAGCAAACCAAUACAAGGUCGGCGAGAUUCUCACGAUGACAGCAGUGAUUCUCAAGAACCAGGUGCAGGAGCGGCAUCGACCCGUCACGCUAGUCAAAUAAAUGCACCAACAGUAACCCAAACAAAUUCAUCAAACGGACGAGAUGUUUCAAAAACGAACGGGACGAAUUCUGGUACAAGCGGGGGUAGGAAAAAUUGUUCGAGCGCUUCUCAAAAUAUGUUAGGACGUCGACAUAAAGCCAGUCGUAGACGUAACGGUGAAACCCGCUUAAGAGAAAGUCAAUCGUUAAAUCGUAUAACUGAAGUACAAGAAGACACCGCUCAUGUUGUAAUUUCAACUAAUUUAUCCGCAACUCAAGGAAAUAGUGUCGUUCCGAAAGUAAAAGGAUUGGGGGCGAGAAUUCUGCAAGGUUUUACGAGUAGUAGUAAGAAAAACGAAGAUAAAGUGACCCACGUUUCUCGAAAAGAUGGUAAUGUAAAAGAUGUGGAGAAAGAUGUCAGUUCGACGAAAAAGAUGCGAAUUUUAGGGAAAUAUUUUCACGUCCAUAAAAAGUUAUUAAUUCCUAUUCCUGGAAUUUUUACAAGAAAUAAUAAUCGUUUGUAUAAGGCGCAAUCAUGCGGUUCGUUAACUAGAGAUAAAGUAAAUAUAACGGAUGCUACAUUGCGUAAACAGAGAGCUGUUAGUGUGAUACGUAACGGUGAUGGUGAUAUUAACCAAAAUAUGGGCUUAGAAAAACGGAAAUCGGUCGGCCAAAUCAAUGGUUUAACUGAAAUGUGUACGAUCCAUUUGGGACAAGCUUCAAAAUGCAGUUUUUGUUAAGAACAAACAAGCUCAACGUGUUUUAUCAAGCUUUUUUUGGGGGACUCUCUUUUACGGUAUGUAAAACCAAAGUGUAGUUACUAAGUGAUAUUUAUUUUAAUUAAUUGAUUAUUAAAGAAAAGUGGAGUUUAUUCUAAUAGCUAAAAAAAAACUAAAAUUCGAAAAAAAAAAAAAAGAAAAAGCGUAAAUAUAUCUCGUUGUAAAAUAGGGUUGAGAAUUUUGUAGGUUUAUCAAUUGUUGAGUAUUGAUCUGAUUCUUCUAGAAUUUUAGGUAAUAACUUUUUACUUUAAAUCUUUUCAAAAUCUUAAUCCUUUUUUAAAGUCUUUUUUCUUUUUUUAUAAACUUUUUGUAGAAUAUCUUUAAUCUAAUUAACGCGAUUCUAUUAAAAUUCAGAUCGUGGAUAUAAUCAAAAUGACAAUUAUUAUAAUUAUUAUUAUAAUGAAGGCUCAUAAAAAUAAUGUGUAAUGUACGUAAACAUAUUAAUUGAAUACAAAAAGCAUAGAUGUUAUGUGUAUUGAUAUAUUUGUAACCGCUGGACGGAUCUCGUGAUGUACUAAACCUUUUUCAAUUUGUUACCAAAAUUUUUCUACUUAACAAAAUAAAUUAAAUGUAUUGACUAAUGAUGACGACAUACAGGAUGAGUAAAAAAUGUCAAAAAUAUAAUUUGAAUAAUAAAAGUAUGACUUUAAAGACGAUUACUUAAUUUUAUCCUAACAGAAAAAUUGAGGGUGAUGGCAUAAAAAGAAUGUUUACUACUUAUAUUAAGUUUUAAAAAUAGGAGAUGCAAAAGUAGUUUUAAAUUCCCUAAAUGCACUUUUAACAACAUUUUUUUUAAUUCCAAAGAGUCGGUGAAAUCAAAUGGAUUAAAUUAAAAAGUGUCAAUAAAAAUACGUAAUGUUUUCCGUUUAUUUAAGAAGUAAUUGGGCAGAAUCGUUUACACAUGUAAAAAAUAUUGAAUAUUUUCUGCACACAAAAGGCACGUUUAAGUGAAACAUGUUUGUUGAAAUUUUAGUGUAUAUUUUUAAUGUGUUUAUCCGCAGCGAGGAAUUACCAGGAAUCAUUCCAAAAACAGCAACUUUUUAAUGAAUUGGGAGGUGUCAAAAAUGAAACAUAACUGUUACAAAUAACAAGUGUUAUUUGUGACAAAUUGAUACUGAAGACAAAGUUCUAAAGAUAUACGUCGAUUCGUUUUUACUAGACUAUCCUUUUAUUUUAUCUCAAUUCCUAACACGCCAUCUAUUGAAUGGAGAUAUCUGUCGAUUAAUGCUAGCUGUGCCAUCUAUUGCAAAUCGCUAACAACUCAGCCUUCCUGACCUGGCGGAGUGUCUUCGUCAUCUGAGUCAUCGCUGUCUUCUUUGGUAAGGGUACACCACGGGUUUAUUUACCUUGAUCAGAAAACUGCGUUAAAUGGUUUAGCACUUCGUCGGGCUUCCGAAAUGUCUUUUAUCAUGUAUCGUUUCUGAGAACUCGCGUAACUAUAUGCGAACGUUGCCGCUAACUCGUAUUUCACUAGUACAAUGUCGUCAACAUCAUAUGUUUGCCAUUGUUUGUGCUUCUGGUCAAAAUACUUCUUAUCCUUUUGUUGUUGUUCACCAAUUCCUCAUACUAUUUGUAUUUAUAAGUCGUCAAUGAUUCUCACAGCUGAUGCUAUUUGAAUUGUAAGGCAUUUCUCAGCAUCGUUUAAAGCAAAUUGAAUUUCUUGUAUUCGCUUGUCCCAAUCUCUACCGUCUUCGUACAUUGUCGUUAAAGCAGUCAAAAGGGAUUCGCUGUAACAUUUCGGAUACGUUGGAUUUGGUUCUCUUCACAGAACUUCUCGAAUUCCUUCGACUUAAACGAUGUUCUGAAAGCGGUGUUCCGAAAUAACUAAAGAUAUCUGUCAAGGUAUUCACGACAUUUUUGGUUUUUGUCGAUUUUACUGCUGGCAAAAUCUUUGUUCUUUGUGAUGUUGUCCUAGCACAUCAAAAUAUAAUCAUGUCUACUUGCACUAUUAACAUAUUAUUGCUUUAAGUGAUCCAUGUUUACCAUUAGAAAUUGAAUUGGUAUUUUCUAUUACGUGUAGCUCCCCUUCGGGUAUUCCUUUCACUGUUUUGUGGUACGCGUACCUAUCUUACGCAAGAGGUCAUGUUUUACUUUAAGAAAUAUGUGUCGAUAUGUACCAAGGAUCCUGCAUACUUGUCUUCAUCCAACUUAACUGCAUCAUCUGGUUGGCAAUAAUGAAAUUUUUUUCUUUCACUCCAAUUUACAAGUAAAUUAAAUAAACUUAUUUGAUCCAUAAAAAUCUCUCUUUAGUCGUUGUUCGAUUUCGAACGUCUUGACUCGUUCGUGGAAGUUGUGUGGUGACCCUACGCAAUGCCUUUCUGUCUUCUAUAAAAUACAUCAUUUGGGAAACUGACAUCUGUGCCAAAUCCUUUACUUAGUCUCUAUAACUUACCGGUGAACUGCCUCUUGACCUUUUACCAUCAACUUUCCAUAUCAUAAAUUUUUCCAUGCGAUACGCAAUCCAAGGUAUUUUCAAUAUUCUUUAAUAACAUAUCAUUUCAAAAGCCUCAAUCUUCUUUCGGAAGCAGCAUUUAUGGUCCAGGAUUCUGAGGCAUAUGUUGCAAUACGAAACACUAAAGAUUUCAAAAGUCUUCUUUUAGUUUCUUUGCGCAUAUGGUGGUCUUUCCAGAUUAUCAGCCGCCCCUAUUUGUCAAAGUAUGGUUAAUCAUUAAAUAGGUGUACUUAACUAAAUCAAAUUAUCACAAAGACCUACAAACAUGCAGUUUUUGUUUUGAUACUGUUAUCUCUAUAAAGAAAUUAAGACAAUAAAGCCUCAAUAUAAUGCACUAAUACAGAGUAGGUGUCUGCGUCAUAUAAAAAUAUAUUCUUGAAUACGUUUUUUUUCUAUGAUAAGGCAUGUUCGAAUAUCUGAUCGAUGAUAAUUUUAUGUUUGGACUUGUUGUUUCAUCUUUCUCACUAUCUCCGCUUUCAAACUCCUUUUCUACCAUAAUCAUGUCAUCUACUAUUUCAUUUUCCGCCAUAAUACGAUUCCAGGGUCCUUCUUCACUACUUCUUCUCCAAUGUUAUUUUGUACAGCAGUGAUCAUCAAACAAAUACUUUCACUUAUUUUGUAAUGUUUGGACUUUGAUUACCUUUCUUGUAGCUGCGAAAUUAAAAAGUCUGAUGUAAUCAUUGAUCAUUUCUGCGUAAUACAUGUGAAUUCGAAAAUUUUCGGACAAAAUUCGACAAUAAUCUUUUCAACAACAUUCCGAUCAGAAGAGGAGUACGCCAGGGAUGCAUCCUGUCGCCGCUCCUGUUUAAUCUUUACUCAGGCACAGUAUUUCGAGACGCAAUUGAUGAUACUGAGAUUGGUGUUAAAGUUAAUGAGGUUUGGAUUGACAACAUUCGAUACGUCGAUUACAAUGGAUAAUGAUAUAGUGGGAAAAAGUAGCAGAUCAAUGGGUAUGAAUAUAAACAUCGAGUAAACAAAGAACGCGAAGUAUUUACCACAAUUAAAAAGAGAAUAGUUUUAGCCCUCCCCCACGCUCAGUCACUAAAGGCUAAAAAUAAGUUUAAUAUCUAUAAGAAGACAUUUUGACUCACUCCUGUAUCUAAAAUUUCGUAUGCAUUAAAAAUGAAACUAUAAUUUUAAUUUUUUUUUGAUAUCACAUUGAAAAAGUAAUCAAAGAUUAUUCUUAAUUACCGUUUAAAAGUGUAUCUUAUUUUUUUAAAUUACCCUAUCCUAAAAAUUUCCAUUUUUUUUAUUAACAAAUAUGCACUAAAAUUGGAUUUACCUAGUCGAACGCCUUCAAUAUCCUUCAAAAUACUUUUAAACAUCCUUCUUCUUAAUGAAAUCGUUUUAAGACUGAUUUACAAAUCCAUCUUUGAAAAUGAGAUAAUAUGCGUUUUUAUCCAUGCGAUGACAAGAAGAAAAGUUUAUUAAUAUGUAAUAAAGAAAAAAAAUAAUGUAUAACUUUUUUUACAUGGUAUACAGUUUGCAAUAAAUAAGUAUAAUAAUAUAAUAACUAAAAAAUCAAGUACGUAUUUUGUCGAAAGUUGCCUUUUACGCACACAAAAAAAAAUAUGGACGCGUGUAGUCAUUUUUAUUUUACAAGAAAAGUCCAAUAAUAAAUUAAUAAGGGUUAAGCAAUGUACUCAAUUUCAUUUAUAAGAUAAAAUCUGCUUGAAAACGUAAUCGUAUUAUUAUACAAUAUAAAAGAUUAUAAUAAUAAUUUUCCCAAAAAAAAUACAUACACAAAACAUAAAUAUAUGAUGAAUUGUAGUGCGUUUUACAAGCGUUGGUAUGUGCUGUGCACAAUUUCUUUAUCUACCUAUUUAACUGUCAUAAAAAAUGUUUUUUAAUAACAUAUAAAUAUUUAUUUUAAAAAACAACGUUUUUUGUAGAUUAGAUAUAGAAAAUUUACUACUUUAAACGUGAUUUAAUUUUUUUUUCUUUGUUGUUAUUAUUUUUUCUUUUUCUCUUGUAUCUCUUUCCCUUGAAUGUAUUUUUUGUAUUUGUAGCUAAAGUAGUAACAUUAAAAAUAGUACUUGUAUAUGAAAAAAAGUACGCCAUCGUUUAGAUGCUAUUUAUUGAUGUCAAGCAGGUCUUGCGUUAGUUAAUAGUUAUCGUUCCCGGUAAGCAUCUUUGUGUGCACACUCAAGAGAAUUAUAAUAAUAAAAUAAUGAAUUAUUAAUAAAAUGAAUGAAGAAUA